AUGAGAUGCACGAUCGACAACCGACAUUUUAUCGCCGCGCGCUCAUCUUCACCACUAAGUUUCAGCUCCGAUCGAUCCGGUUCCCCUCAAUCUCCGUCCUGGCUACUUCCUCUCUCUCCGAUCCUCCUAUUUAAGCACACUGCACCUAGCUUUUGCUAAGCAGAUCACCCGAUCCACCACAGUCGCAACUCAGAUCGCAAAAUUAAACCCGCAGCAAACCAAGCGGCAAGACAAUCCGCGUGCUAGCUAGCUCCCUUUUUCUGAUUCUUACGUACGUGCCCGUACUCGUAGCAAGCAAGCAGGUCGUCGCGCAGUCAUGGCGCCCAGGAUGAUGCUGGUUCUGUGGGGCGUUCUGGCUGCAGCGUCGUCCACCGUCGUGGCGGGCUGGUCGGCAGGCACGGCGACGUUCUACGGCGGGUCGGACGGAUCCGGGACCAUGGGCGGCGCGUGCGGGUACGGCAACCUGUACAGCGCCGGGUACGGCGUGAACAACGCGGCGCUGAGCCAGACCCUGUUCAACGACGGCGCGUCGUGCGGGCAGUGCUACCUCAUCACCUGCGACGCGUCGCGCGCGGGCGGGCAGUACUGCAAGCCCGGCGGCGCCAGCGUGACCGUGACGGCCACCAACCUGUGCCCGCCCAACUACGCGCUCCCCAGCGGCGGCUGGUGCGGCCCGGGGCGCCCGCACUUCGACAUGUCGCAGCCGGCGUGGGAGAACAUCGGCGUCGUCCGGGGCGGCAUCGUCCCGGUGCUGUACCAGCAGGUCAGGUGCUCGCGCAGCGGCGGCGUGCGCUUCAACGUCGCCGGCUCCAGCUACUUUUUGCUCGUCAGCAUCCAGAACAUGGGCGGCAGCGGCUCGGUCGCCGCCGCGUGGGUCAAGGGCACCAGCACGGCGUGGAUCCAGAUGUCCAGGAACUGGGGCGCUAACUGGCAGGCUCUCUCGGGGCUCACUAAUCAGGCGCUCAGCUUCGCCGUCACCAGCACCGGCGGGCAGUACAUACAGUUCCUCAACGUGGCGCCGGCGUGGUGGCAGUUCGGGCAGACCUACUCCACCAACCAGCAGUUUUACUACUGAUGAUCCUCCUUCCAUAAGCUUUCUGAUGGACUCUGGUUCUGUCUGUUCAUCGUCUUCCUAUCCUAGUACGUAUAUUAAUUGCCGACGUGCUGUCUCGUGGUUUUGGGCGGAGUUACAGUGCCCGAUCGACGAACCGUGGCCGUGGCAUGCAUGCUUCCUGUUCAUAGUGCCAUUUUUACCCAGCUGCCAUAAUGGCAUCAUACAUGUGUGCAAAAUUGUCUGCACCACUUCAAUCAAUAUGCAAAUUACAUUAAUUAGCCAUCUGUUCCUCCCA